GCGUAUUGAAGGGAAAUACUUCGCGCGUUUCGAGGAGAGCCGUCGUGUUUCUAGGUGACAUCUGACAUCGCACCUUUCUAAUGACAGCAGAGGCCAAGCGGCAAUAAAGCUGUCCAUCGAAAGGACCAAUGGCACCGAGGCACGACACCCAGUUGGAAAAAGUCAUUGAUGAAGUGUUAAAGAGUGGGGAUGUCCAAGCACUGGAUGUAUUCUUGCAAAGGAACACAUAUGAAGGAGCCCCCAUAAAAUGUUCCAUACAGUUCCUCACCAAAUUGGAUAAACUUGUUAGCAGGAGUUUGGAUCAAAAAGAUUCCAAGUCAGCCAGUUUGGGUCUUGCUGUCCUAUGCAAAUGUGGGAAACACCUGAAACUCCCUGGUGGUUGUCAAGUGCUGUCAGGAUUAAUAGCUCAAGGCCUGCUGGAAAAGAUGGUGCAGUGGUUUCGAAAAUGCAGGCAACUGUGGAUCCAGUGUGGCCAGCAGUGGGAUGAGACCUUGUUCAAUUUGUCUGAGGACUUCUUUGAUGCCUUAAUGGUGGUUCAUGAAGCAUGCAAAGAGGGAAUGUUCAAAAUCACAGAGUCCUUCCUGUAUCCGAUUGGUCAAUUGGCAGUAGACCCCAGGAUCUACAUCCUGAUCCAAAAAGAGGCAAUUCGUAAAUUUAACUUAAUUCUGGACAAAAUCCCAGUGGAGCUUAAGAAAGAGAGGAAGAUCCUAACAUCACAGGAGGCCUCAGAUAUCAUGAUGAAGUUGGCUGGUCAGAUAUUGAAGGGUGGUGAUUACGACUUGCAGACAGCCCUGAUGGAGGCAUUGUGCAGAAUGGCCACUCCUGAACAGAGGAUGGAACUGGCAGAUCGAUGGUUCAGCAUGGAGCAUGUGGCCAGUGCCCUAGUCAAGAUCCGGGAUUCUGAGUUUGAGACGGAUUGUCGUAAGUUUCUGAACUUGGUGAAUGGGAUGCAGGGAGACAGGAGAAGAGUGUACUCCUAUCCUUGUUUGGAGGUUUUUCUGGACAAACAUGAGCUGCUGAUGCCUGCUGAUGAGAAGCUGGAAGAAUUUUGGAUUGACUUCAACCUUGACAGCCACAGCAUCUCCUUUUACUUCUCUUUGUCUGAUGGAGAAGCACAGGAGGGCCAAUGGGAAACAAUAUGUAUCAAUGACAGUGAAGUCCAAAGCUACACUGUUACAGAGGAGGGCAAGAGUAAAGUCUUGCAGUUACUGUUGUCAGAGGUGGUGGUUGUGGGUGAAAUAGAAGGAUCGAGUCUUACCAUCCACUUCAGCUCCUCCCUUGACAUCCUGCAGGCUGUUCGUACUGUCUAUGGACACAGCAAAAACAAAGGCUUUGUGGGGAAGACGGGCACAUCAAUAGUGAAGAGUACAGUUAGAAUUAUGAUGGAAGAUAACAACUCCCAGGUUGUUCCAGAGAGUCAGAUGUCCCUUGGUGAAAGUGAGAAAGUUACCGCACCCUACCUUUUACCUCCCCAGUGUGCUCCUGUGCAGAUGGUGACCCCAACCAGGAUGAGGGUUUCAGAGUCUACCACCUUUAUCAGCAUCAGUGCAGGAGGAAGUGUGCAUGGUGCCAGUUCCCUCUCUGCUGUUAUGUCAUCCAACACUUCAGCCAAGGUUAAAGGGAAGCCAUCUCUGGAGAUGGUUCGUUCAUGCGAUAGGCAAGGUGAACUUUACCUAGGAGAGCUAAGGACAACUGCUAAGACCUGCAGUUAUAGCACACCAACUAACAUCACAAUAACAGGUGGCAUGACCGAGCAGAGUGCUACAUCUCUACAGAGCAUGACUUCCAAACAGUCCAAUAGGAAUAUGGUUGGCAAACACAAAAAGAACAUACCAGUGGCAGAAGCAGUAGAUAUGGUUUUAUCUGGACAUGGAGAAGAACAGUAUCUGGAGUCUAGUGUUGUGCCUGACACCCAACCCAGAACUGAGAGUAACAUAUCUUUUAACGGGAACAAAAUGUCCGUUUCUGAAAUGCUAAUGAUGCCUACACAGAAAAUCAAUUAUCUGCCGAGACUUGAGCCUUGUUCAAGUUUGGCACAGCAGCAAGAGUGCCCGUCAUCAGGACAGAGAUUGUCACUUCUAGGCUCAAGCUCAACCAGUCAAAAGCAACUCCAUAACGAACUCACCCAGCGCCUGCAGCAGGUCCUCAAUGAGAGUAACCAAGAUCCUGCACCUCAGGAGCCAUUUGCACCCCAAAGAAAAUUGCUUGAUAUCAGAGAGGACUCUAAAGGAAGAAGCUCUGCGGUUCAGUGUGCUUCAGUACUGUGUACUACCAAACAGCAGCAGACCCAGAGAAAUGGCCUCGCCAAAGGAAAGAGCAAACGCCUUUUGUCACUGGAGGCAGAUGCUGCUCUAAUCAAAGAUCCAGCCAAGUCCUCCACAACCAAAGCUCUGAAAAAGAGAGAACCAGCCAAUGUUAAGGUUGAAACUCAUAGUAUCCAAUCAAACAAAGAGAAGAGAGAUGCAGAGGUUGCAGGCAGCAUGGUGAAGCUCAUCUCUAGUCAUUAUGAGAUUAACACCCAAUCCACAGCAAAAGAUACUGCAGAAAUUUUCCCUAAGAGCUGGAUUCCGCCUCUUGUCAACAGGCCUAUCUUCAAUAUGAGCUGGAAAUCGACUGCUAAAAGAGAUGUUUCAGGAGCUGUAAGCCUCAUGAAAUCACAAAGCAAAACCACAACUAAGUCUACGAGGCAGAGAAAAGAUAUUUUUUCAUUCAACAUUGAUACACCAUUGAGUGAUACGGGAAAGAACAAAACCUUCUCUAACACUUCUGCCAUAUCAAGCAGUGGCAUCCAUGACACACCAGCACUACCCAGCACAACCAAGAAAGGACAACCUGUGGCAAAAGAGAAGCGGUAUGUGAAAAAGCAUCUGUUCAGUGACACGGACUAUAGCAUGACAGAUGUCAGCUGGCUGAGGGAAUCAAGCAGGAAACCCAAACCUAAAGUUACCAAAUACUCCAGGCAGGCGCCUGUCAAGCCUAGAGCGAUGUCAUCUCAUACAUCAUUUGAAUCCCCAGAUCUACCCCCAGCCUCUCAAAAACCUGUGAAAGGUAAUAACAAACUCAACAAGAAGAGGCCUGACGUGAAGGGGAGAGUGGAGCGGACAAGCAAGGUAGUGAAGCCAGCAACAGCACCCAAUAGACCACAUGCAGCCGGCAGGAGGCCCCAGAGAACUGCAGCCAUCUCUAGAAAGAGCUACAGGGAGCCAGACACUGAUGACAGCCUAUCAGACUCAGAGUAUCCUCUUGUUUCCAAGUACUCCUCUAAUAAUCAUCUGGAGACUGCUGAGAAAACUCCAGAGGCUGAUCAAGUGACAAAGAAAAAGACUGCCAGCAAACAACGAACCAAAAGCUAUAUGAUACCAGAGAGCAACCAUCACAGCAGCCAGUCAGAGUCUGUGUCAGCGCAGCCACCCACUUCCAAGGGAAAGACUGAGAAGACCUAUUCAGUGGUCCCAGAGGUAAGGAGGAGAAAAAACAGCCCCUCUAAGCAAUCCACAGAUGCAUACAGGAGAUCGGACAGCAAGCACCAGUCAGAUCUGAAAAAGCCAUUGGGUCUCAAGCAGAGGCCUGAGAAUGAUCUUUCAGAAACUUGGAAGGUAAAUAAGAAAAAUGUUGUCCCUGCCCAAGAACAAACGAAGGGAAUGAAGGAUUCCUGGGCCGUCCGCCAGACCUUCGCCUGUUCAUCCCCUCCUAUGAUCGAGAGGAUGAGAUCUGCUGAGAGGUCAGCCCCAACCUUGGGUUUGACCUGCUCCCCUCUCCUCACCCCGCGGGGAUCCCCACUCCCUGCCUCACCCGACCCGCUCUGCGAGGACACCCCCUCACCUAUCCUGCUGCUACCCAAACCUCGCUCUACAGUCAGCAGUAAAGGAAACUUCAGGCCCUCCUCUUUCUACAGUUCAGAAAAAAAAUGCAGCUCAUCCAUGACUCGAUCCAACCAGUCUGUACCCUCUCUCCCUUCACUGACCCCCAUCGGUCAGACCCCUCCCCAUGGUGCUCCCACUGGACCUAGUGCAGCAGAGAUAAGUCCAAUCAAGCAGCAUCUACCCUCAGCAUCUCAAUCUCCUUUUUCUCUGUCCUAUCGGCCCCUGUUGACAUCCACGCUCCUCGAGCUGGACAAGCCUUCCAUGCCUUCUCCUCCUCAGUCUCCGUUCCCUGAAGACACUGUCAACCAAGGGAGCCAUUACAGCUUCAGUAAAGUGUCUUCAGUAUCUUAUGUUUCAUCCACUCAGUCAUCAGUAAUCACUCGCAGAGUUAAGGACAACCCCACUGCCACUCUUGCUGUGUCUCAUAAAAAAGAGAAAACACCAUCUUCAGACGGAGACCGAAAGUCUGAACAGCUUCAUGUCUCAGGACCCAGUCGCAAGCGCCACGUCUCCUCGUCCAGUAAUUCUGAGGAAGAUGAAAAGGAAAAGAGGAAGAAAAGCAAGAUGAGAGGACAGCGCUCUCCCCGGAUGAAACCAAGGAAGUUGUUCAAGUCCUCAACCCGACCUCAUGGUCUGACCCAGAGCUGGGGAGAGCAAAGUAGUUUAGAUGAAGAGGAAAGCAGCCCAACGGAUUUAACUUUCAAAGUUAAGGAAAGAAUAAGAGCAGAAUAUCAGAAUAUCAAGAAUAAGACCAUCAGAGACACUUCUCAUGGCACAGUCGCUGGGUUAUCUGCUGAGGGUGAGGUGAGCCGCGGGAUGUCUUCUUCCCACGCGAUGAGCUCCAGUCACUGGGAGGCUGAAGUGGGGGAUGGAGACAUGGAUGAGUUUUUCGAGUUGCCAAAAAUUGCUGUAGACCCGAGUGACCUGUGCAAGCAAUUCAGUUCUGAGCUGAAGAAGAAGUUCCAGAGCCGUCAUAAUAUGGUGGAAGUUUACAACAAGCAGUCCUUGAAGACCGUCCAACAACAUGUCUCCUCCCUCAACACGCAAGUUGCCAAAUACAGGACUCAGAGGCUUGAACAAGUUCAGAACGUCCUCAUGGAAGAAAUCCACAAACUGGAGCAGGAUGACACUGUGCUCAAAAGCAUGGAGAAAGACCUGACUAUGCACUGGAAAAAGCAGGCCGUGGCUUUCCAUUCCUACCAGGAGCAGGGAACCAUGAGAAAUGAUGCCUUGAAGAAAGCCCUCCAGGGCAACGUGUGUCACAGUGUGGAGUAUGAGGAGAGAAUAUUCACGUCCCAGAUGUGCCUGAUACGAAAUGACAUGAAGUCAGUCCAGGACAGACUCCUCAGCCAAAUGCAAGAAGGGGAGAUCAAGAGUGUGAAGAGAGGCCUGCAUGCUUUGUUUUUCUCUUGAUGGAGCCAGGUUUCGAGCUGAACAAAGUCCUGCCAAAGAUCUCUAACUAUAAACAAGGUUGUGUA